UUGAAGCUCGCUGGCCUGCAGUGCUUUUCAGAUUCAGAUUCACUCCCAUGUAGUCCUGGCCGCAGUUCUCGCGCGAUCUUAAAGAUGGCGGCGUUCUGUGAGGAGUUCACGUUGUGUACCGUGGCUGGUGCUGGGGGGUCGCCUGGGCUUCCCCAGGGGUUGCUGGGGCUGGAGCCGGACGGAGACUCGGUGCUUCUCACCGACCGGGGCAGGACGGUGAGGCUGUAUAAGGUUUCUGACCAAAAACCUUUGGGUUGCUGGUCAGUAAAAGAAGGCCAAACCAUUACAUGUCCAGCAGUGUAUAACUUUGAAACGGGAGAAUUCAUUGUUGUCCGUGACAAUAAGGUUUUACAGAUAUGGAAGAAAGAUGAUUCUAACUUGGAUAAAGUCUUUAAAGCAACAUUGUCAGCAGAUGUUUAUCAGAUACAUUCACUACCUCAAAGUGAACCUCUGGUCCUGUUCAAGAGUGGAGCUGUUAAGAGGUUGGAUGCUUUGCUGGCAGCACCUCAGCAAAUAAUUGAAAACGUUAUUUCAAAUGAAGCUAUUAGGUGGAGUAGAGCUUUCAUGGAAGCUGAACAGCCUGUUCUUACAUUUAUUACUGAGCAGGAUGGGAAAUGCUUCGUAUAUGUUCAGCAGUGUAAUCCAUAUAUCCUUCAUAAGUUUAAACAUGAACAAGGAGGCGAGUCAUCAAUGCCAGUGAGUUGUGCAGCGUAUCUGAAAAACAAAGUUAUCACACUCCUGUGUUUGUAUUCCAAUGGAUAUGUGUAUAAGUUUCUAGUACCACUACAACAAAGUGUAUGUGAGGAAGAGCAAAUUUUACUGAAGUCGCUUCUGAUCAGACUUGAAGUGUCUGGCAGUAUUCUUAAAGGAACUUCGAUUGCCAUUCUUGAUAAAGAUCACAUUGCCAUAACAGGAUGUCUGGAUUCCUCAGAUAGUAAUGUGAAAGAGUGCUUUUCAAUAUGGAAUAUAAAGUUUCAAACACUGCAGGCAUCAAAAGAAUUGCCACGUGGAACCACUGGACAGUGUUGGUGUUACGAAGACAAACUCUUUGUAACACAUGGAAAAGAACUAAUAGUAAUCCUGUAUAAGUGUCAAAUGUCCUCCUUAGCUGCUGCUGUUGGGAAAAUCAAAGAUACACAAUCAGGAAUGAAGACAUUGUCUGUGGACUGGAAUACGCUUCAGGAAGAUGGCCUGAUGUUUGUACAGCCAGAUCAACCUGUACCUGCUAAAGAUGCAUCUAAGAGACUAUUAAAAUCAAAAAGGAGCAUGGGUGCAAAAGCACAAGCGGAGACCCCUACAGUGGAACAGCUUCUCUUAAGUAUCAAGGAUUCUUCUCAGAAUAUAAUUGAAGAAAGACUGAUGAAGUUUUUAUCCAAUACUCAAAUGCAAGAUUUUCAGACAUCUGUUGGACACGUAGUAUCAGCUCUUGUGAAGAGAUGUAAAACAGAACAAUCAUUUUAUCCUUCCAGCUGUCUGGUGCAUCUAAUCCAGACACAAGGCCUUUCUUACAGUAUGUGCCCAGACUUAAUGGCAGUUGCUUUGGAGAAAACAGAUGUACAUUUGUUACAAAUAUGUCUGCAGAAGUUUCCUGACAUCCCAGAAGGAGUUACCUGUGCUUGUUUGAGGACCUUUCUUAGCAUUGGUGAUGACGAUCUUACAGAAAUGAAUGUGAACUUAGAUUCUGUAGCAGGUUAUACUGAUAUUGCACUCAACAGUAAUGUGGGAAAACAAUCUAAAGAUCUGGAUCGAUAUCCGGCGAGAUCCAUAAGAAUGGUUACUCCUAUACAGAAUGGCUUCAGUUCUGAACUCCCAGAGGAUGGCAGCUGUGACACAAACCUAAUCCAGAAAUCUCCGGUGAUGAACACAAGUGAAUUAUGCCCUGUUGGACCACAUAAGGCAGCAUUACUAAAUGCCAUUCUGCACUCAGCAUACAGUGAGACGUUCCUUUUGCCUCAUUUGAAAGAGCUAUCUGCUGAGCAAGUCAUCUUAUUUCUCCAAUAUUUGCAGUAUCUGUAUGUGAAAUGUAGUGAAGAAGCUACUACAGAACUUCCUAGAAUACUUUCUCUGACCAUAAAUCAGAUCAUGGAUUGGAUUUGCCUGGUAUUAGAUGCUCACUUUACGGUUGUUGUGAUGCUGCCAGAAGCAAGAGGGUUGCUUUCUAAACUACACAAGUUUGUGAGAGCCCAAGUACGUCUUUACUCAGAACUCAACAAGAUUGAAGGGAGUUUGAAGGAGUUACAGAAAAUACAGCACACAAAAGAUGCGGGUUUAUAUUCCAUUGAAGUUCUGAAACUUUGAAUUUGGCACAUGCUCAUCAUAAAAUUAUUUUUAUGAA